AUGAGGGUUAGAAUAAAUGAUGAUAAAAGUGAAAUCUUAUUAGACCAAGAACAGUAUAUAAAUCAGGUUCUAGAUAGGUUUAAUAUGGGCGAUUGUAAGCCAGUAAAUACACCCAUGGAAAAGGGACUUUGCUUUGAUAAGCCAGAUCCUAGUGUUUAUCAAAAGGAACUCCCUUAUCAACAGUUCUUGAGUAGCCUUGUGUAUAUUUCAGUAUUAACAAGGCCAGAUAUUACAUUUGCUGUCAAUUUUUUGAGUCAGUUCAAUAAUUGCUAUACCGAACAACGUUGGAAGUGUGCUAAGAGGUUACUUAGGUAUUUGCAGGGGACUAAGGGAUAUUGUUUAGCUUGUAAAAGAGAUAGCAAUUAUGACUUAAGGGGAUAUGUUGAUGCAGAUUUUGCAAGUAAUGAAAUAGAUAGGCGGUCAUAUACAGGGUUUGUGUUUAUGUUGUCUGGUGGGUCUAUUUCAUGGGAGUGUAACGAGCAAAAAACGGUGGCAUUAAGUAGUACUGAAGCCGAGUAUAUGAAUAUUACAGAAGCUUCUAAAGAAACUGUAUUUUUAAGGAAUUUAUUAUCUGAAAUUCUCGAUAAGUUUUGUGCGUAA